GCCUUGUAUGGAAAUGGUAUGUAAGCGAGGGGCUGACCAUUGACCGCCGGUGACCUCACCCCCGUCUGUCUAUAACCAACCCCGGCGCCUCCUCUCCUCUCUCUCUUCCUUUCUUCCGGACCUCGCAGCAGCAAAAGCGGAAGCAGAACACGCCGACGCGUGCGCGAGCUCGAAACCAGCAAGAGGCUGCUCCUGAGAGGCGCCGGUUUCCUUCCAUGUCGGUGGAGACGGAGCGGAGCUCCACGGACUCCUCCGGGGCCUCCGGCCUCGAGUUCGAGGACACCGCCCUCGCGCUCACCCUCCGCCUCCCCGGCUCCUCCUCCUCCGCCGCCGCAGACCCCGACCGCAAGCGCAGCGCUUCCUCCUCCGCCGCCGCCGCCGCUGAUGAAUCCCUCCUCGUCGCCGCCCCCGAAGCCCCACCGGCCCCCAAGGCGCGGGUGGUGGGGUGGCCGCCGGUGAGGUCGUUCCGCAAGAACGCGCUCGCGGACGCCGCCGCCAAGUUCGUCAAGGUGGCCGUGGACGGCGCGCCCUACCUGCGGAAGGUGAACCUCGAGGCCUACGCCGGCUACGACCAGCUCCUCCGCGGGCUCCAGGACAAGUUCUUCUCCCACUUCACCAUCAGGAAGUUCGCGGACGACGAGAGGAAGCUGGUGGACGCCGUGAACGGCACGGAGUACGUGCCCACGUACGAGGACAAGGACGGCGACUGGAUGCUCGUCGGCGACGUCCCCUGGAAGAUGUUUGUGGAGGCCUGCCAACGCCUUCGUCUCAUGAAGAACUCCAAGGCUGUUAAUUUAGCACCAAGAGCUGCCCAAUGAGGUGCCUGAAAGGAGGAGAAAGCUUUUGCUCUACUGAGGUUCUUCAUGUGAGAUAGGAAUGUGUACAGCUGCUGUCGGUUACUACUUUCGGUUCCUCUAUGGUAUUGAGUUUUGAAAAAGGUUGUUAGUUUCAUUACUUGUCUGUAGAUUCCUACAUAUAGAUUGCGGAAAAAUACUGGGAGCUUGAAAUACACACCUAAGUUUGUUUCUUGAUGAACAAGACAAGACACACAGAACUUGGUGUUCUCUGUCGUCGUCCCACCCCUCGCGUUGCGAGGUAUGUGUGGUACCGCUAAGGGUGAGGCCUCUAGCGCCGCCCUGGUAAAUCUUGCUUGUGUGAAGCCAUGGUUUUGUUUGAAGUUUCAUGAUUAAGAAAACCGACCACCUCGUGCUCUCGGUCUGGCUGGUGCAUUCUGAUUGUUAACUGACAAACAGAGAUGUCGCCGUACGCUGUUGGCUGAAUCCAGAUCUCCGAAGCUUGAUUCGUAUGAAA